GGGGUUGCUGAGGUGUAGCGCGAGCCGUCCGUCCUCCCCCGCCCGCCGUCUCCGCCCUCCCCCGCGCCCGCCCCCCAAGCCAUGAACUUUGGCCGGGGGGGCCCGUCGGUGGUGGUGUUGAACGUGGGGGGCACCCGAUACUCGUUCUCCCGGGAGGUGCUGAAGGACUUCCCCCUGCGCCGCCUGAGCCGCCUGCACGGCUGCCUGUCGGAGCAGGACGUGCUGGAGGUCUGCGACGACUACGACCGCGAGCGCAACGAGUACUUCUUCGACCGGCACUCGGAAGCCUUCGGCUUCAUCAUGCUCUACGUGCGCUACGGCCACCUGCGCUUCGUGCCCCACAUGUGCGAGCUGUCCUUCUACAACGAGAUGAUCUACUGGGGCCUCGAGGCGUCGCACCUCGACUACUGCUGCCAGCGCCGCCUCGACGACCGCAUGUCCGACACCUACACCUCCUACUCGGCCGAGGACCUGCAGGCCGCCGAGCCCGCCGCCGGGGCGGCCUGGGGCAGCGGCAGCACCACCGCCAGCAGCAGCCGAGGCGGCGGCGCCGAAGCCGGGGAGGGCGCGGAGCAGGGCAGCGGCCGCGCAGCGCCCCCGCCCGGCGCCGAGAAGAAGUGGCUGGAGAGGAUGAGGAGGACUUUCGAGGAGCCCACCUCUUCCUUGGCCGCGCAGAUCCUGGCCACCGUCUCCAUCCUCUUCGUCAUCGUCUCCAUGGUGGUGCUGUGCGCCAGCACCAUGCCCGAGUGGCGGGCGGCGGAGAACCGAAGCAUGGAGGAGCAAAGCAGGUACACAGCAGACUCACUCAGGGAGCCUUCAGGGAUAAUUGAAGCAGUCUGCAUAGGCUGGUUCACUGCAGAGUGCAUUGUGAGAUUCAUCGUCUCCAAAGACAAGUGUGAGUUUGUCAAGAGACCCCUGAACAUCAUCGACUUGCUGGCAAUAACUCCCUACUACAUCUCUGUGCUGAUGACAGUUUUUACAGGGGAGAAUUCUCAGCUCCAGAGGGCUGGAGUCACCUUGAGGGUCCUGAGAAUGAUGAGGAUUUUUUGGGUGAUUAAGCUUGCCCGCCACUUCAUCGGCCUUCAGACACUUGGCCUGACCCUGAAGCGAUGCUAUAGGGAGAUGGUGAUGCUGCUCGUCUUCGUCUGCGUUGCUAUGGCGAUUUUCAGCGCACUCGCCCAGCUCCUUGAACACGGGCUGCAUUUAGGGAAGCCCAACGAAGGCUAUGCCAGCAUCCCGGCUGCUUGCUGGUGGGUGAUCAUCUCUAUGACCACGGUCGGUUAUGGCGACGUUUGCCCCGUCACUGUACCUGGAAGGAUUCUUGGAGGGAUUUGUGUGGUCAGUGGUAUUGUGUUGCUGGCCCUGCCUAUCACUUUCAUCUACCACAGCUUUGUGCAGUGUUACCAUGAGCUCAAGUUCCGGUCUGCCAGGUACAGCAGGAGCCUCUCUGCCGAAUUCCUAAAUUAACGGAUAGCACAACUGCAUUUCGUAGCAGCACUUAUUAUGUUGAAGGGAUUGACCGGACCCUCCUUGUUCCUUCCCUGUUCCUGGUGACCGACAAAAGGAGGGGCAAUGCCCUAUGCGCUGAAAGGAAUGCUUUCCCUCUCUCUCUCGCCACCUGCAGGGUGACCACUUUCUCAUCGCAGGGAUGAAAGCAAAGCACUCAUUUCCUUAGUCUCAUCGCACACGAGUGUCUCUAGCUUGUUGGACAUAGCAGGUGGUAUGCACUAUUUAGAGUGAAGCACAUGCAUUUAAAAAAUGUCUUUGAUUUUGAUGUUCUCAUUCAUUUCAAGGUCUGUUUUCAGGAGCACACACAAUCCAGAGACUCAAGUGAUCAAGCUUGGUGCACCCAAAGUGGGUGGGUGGUAUUUCUUUAUUUUAUU